AUGCCGUCCAUCCUCAGCGAUGCCGACAAGGAGACCGUCAAACGCUUCGUGCCCAAGCAGAGCAACAAGAUCCAGGCGGUGGCAGUAGCACGACUCUACGUUGCUUACCCGAACAGAUCAAAAUGGACAUACACAGGCUUGCAGGGGGCUGUCGUGCUUUCCAACGACCUUGUUGGGAACACGUAUUGGCUCAAGAUGGUUGAUAUAUCCCCCGCCAUGCGAGGGGUUGUAUGGGAUCAGGAGAUAUUCGACACGUGGAGCUACAACCAGGACCGAACAUUCUUCCACUCCUUCGAGCUAGAGGACUGCGUGGCUGCCCUGUCUUUCGUCGACGAGAAGGAAGCGAAGCAAUUCAUGAAGAAGAUGAACGACAGGGAAAAGAACGCAAGUAAAGCUACCAAGGCGACACCAUUCGGAGGAGUAGCUCCAGGAGCGGGCGCCGGCCACCACAAGCACAGUCUGCUGGGUGGCAUCUUCGGAGGACAUAAGCAUGCCUCUGCACCAACGCCGCCCGACUCUCCUCGCAAUAGCGCUCCUCCAAUCGGUCACUUCCACAGACAGUCAUCUGGGAGCAAUGGACACAGGUCCGAGUUUGCAACCCUCGAGGCCUUUGAUCCGGAAUGGAGAGAGCAUUUUGGCGACGACCUGAGAAGUAAAGGCCUUACGGAUGACUUCAUAAAGGACAAUCAGGACUUUAUCGUCGAUUUCCUCAAGCAAGAGCAGGCUCAAACGAAGCACUCGACCCCUCCACCGCCACCGCCUCCGGUCAACGGGACCGGAUCCAGAGCCCCUCCCCCUCCACCGGCACCACGACGAGGCGGCGCUCCUCCACCACCUCCAGCACCAAGAAGGUCUGGGAAGACUGAGCCGGCCGCCGUCGCUAGGGAGCCGACGCCUCCUCGCGAUCCAUCACCACCAAGGCCCAAAUUCCACGUUCCUCCACCGCUUCCUGAUGCCGGGAAGCUCGCGCGCUCUGAUACAGCCAGGGCGCCUGCACCCGGCCCUCCUCCUCCACCACGACCAGCGAAGUCUCCCAUUGAAGAUACCAGAGAACCGGGCCACAAGUUCGGCGUGCCCCCACCAUUUCAAGGACAAAGAAGUGUCCCACCGCCACCGCAAAGUCGUGGCCCCGUGCCUCCUCCGCCUCCGUCGCGAGAGACGAGCGCUAUCCCGCCAGGUCCGCCACCACCACUUCCUCCGAAAGCGCCUGGCUCGGCCGCACCGCCUCUCCCUCCUCCGACUUCGCGACCAGUCCCGGGUCUACCCACGAGAAGUCCCGCAGGACCUCCUCCCUUACCAGCUUCCAGCGCCCCGGCCGCACCACCACCGCUGCCAGCUUCUGCAGCGCCACCUCCACCGCCGUUGCCAGCAACAAACGCACCUCCACCGCCUCCAUUGCCUCCGACCAAUGCCCCGGCUGCCCCUCCUCUGCCACCACCAUCCUCAAGUGGGCCGCCGCCGCCGCCUCCGCUGCCGCCUGCAACUGGCGCGCCAAGCGGAAUACCACCGCCGCCGCCACCACCACCAGGUGGAAUGGCCGGCGUCCCCCCGCCCCCAGGACCGCCCCCGCCACCCGGGCCGCCUCCACCUCCAAAUCGCGACUCAGGUUACUCAUCCGGUGUUCCAGCAGCGGCCGGCGCCGAUCCCAGCCGCGCAGCAAUGCUGGACGGCAUAACGAAGGCUGGCGGUAUUGGUGCUCUGAAAAAGGUCGACAGGUCUCAGAUCCGUGACAGAAGCGGAGCACAAGUUGGAGGCAGCAACGAUACAGGACCACAUGGGAGUGGGCUGCCGCCAGCAGGGGUCACGCCAGCAGGGGGCGGCGGUAUGGCCGAUGCUUUGGCUGCAGCUCUUGCGGCCAGAAAUAAAAAGGUUGCUCAUAGUGACGAUGAAGAUGAUGACAAUGACUGGGAUUAG